CCAGACAACGUUACGUGUUCGUUAGCAAUCUUCUUAAGGAAUAUCCGUUGCUAGUUCUCUUGUCGUUUUAGUCGUAAAUCGGUGUACGUGGACGCAAAAGCCUUAGCUAAUCGUUAGUGAAGUUUCGAAGUUUGAAUUCUAUCGGCGAUUCGAAUAGAGCCGACGGCGAGAAUGAACUGUGCCGCAACUCAUUAUUAUUGAAAUCUGGAGAAGAGGCGCGAAAAGGAAUUUGAGAGAGAAUAAAAAAGGAGGAUGAGUUUAUGUUUACGGAAACGUGGGUGUUGUUAGUGGGGAAUAUAGGUCGGCAGGUAUGAUGGUAGAAUGAGAUGCAAGAGGAAACGGAAAGAAUGGCACGCGGUAACGACGUUAAUAUCGGCGAAUCGUUUUUUCGGUGAUGAUGGGGCGGCUGCGCCUAUCGUCGACUUUUAAUCGUGCACGCCGCGUCGAGGCUCGCCCGAAGCAUCUCCUUGUAAUCGAGUAGGCCAGCGUCUACCGUACGAAGCCAGCGAAAAUGGUCGAUCUAGGGGGAUACAUUAUCAUAUUGAUCAACCACAAUGACAAGAUCAAACUAUACGGUUCACCGGCUGACAACGCGGACACGUUGGAAGUGGCCGAUGAAAUUUUACAAGUUAACGGUAGUACAUUGGAGAAUGCCAGCCAAUCUGAAGUUAUUCAAUAUAUAUAUCAGUGCAUCGAAUCACGAACGAUAUGUCUGCGAGUGCGGAGAAGGAGCGGGAACAAGAUGGAGCUGGACGGGUUCAACGCUGGUCGGGUGCGGGAAGCUUGGGUCAUCGCCGUCGAAAGGCGCGCAAAGGAACGAUUGCAGCGACUGGCAUCCCACUGGAGGAUUCAGCCGCGCGAUAUUCAAGCGAUUCUGCACCAGCAGAUCAACGAGGCGGUCGCGUCCACGAGCGGCGGGGACAGCGCGGGCAAAAAUGUGACGGGCAACCAAAUUACCGUGACGCUUGCCGACAAGGAACUCAGCACUAAAAAGGACGCGUCUGAGAAACAACAGAGCUGCCACGAGGAGACGAAACUUUUGACACCGGUACAAGGCGGAAGAGUCGGUGAACGACGUGCCAGCAGUCCCUUCCAAAAUGGUCAGACAGAAGUCCUGAUCGGGGAACCGGACGGCGGCCCAAGGUCGCCGCGGGGAUCCACCUCUUCAGCGGUGAACGACGCUAAUUUCCUCAAUCCACCGGAUGAACGUGACGACCAGAAGCCCAUUUGCAGCUUUACAGAUCACUGUAGAGUGUCUGUAAUGGUUGUUGCGAAUGUUUCACAAGAGAAGAAGGAAAUUGGUGGGCGUAGAUUCUCGGUACAUAGUUCUCUGCAGGCUCCGUCUAAUGCAGUUGCAGCUACUUCGGUACUCCGUUAG